AUGAAGCCGUCGGAGGAAGCCGGUUUAACCGCUCGAUUGAAUUCCAAAGGGCACCAGCGAAGUGCUGACGCGUAGGGAACGACGACUGGAAUCGCUGGGGUGCUUAAUAUCAGAACAGCGCUGAGAUUUAAAACCAAACUGUCAUCCCUACGAAGCAUGAUGAUCCUCUGGAAAUUCACAACAGGAGCAAGGCGACAUGCUGCUCCCUGGCUGCUUGUCCUCAGUCUGUAUCUGGCCAACAGGAGGGGACUGGCGUCAGCCCCGGAGCUCCGACAGCCACCCGGGAGGAUAGCCAUUGUAGGAGCUGGGAUCGGUGGUGCUGCGACAGCCGCCUUCUUACGGAAAGAAUUUGGUCCCCAAGUACAGAUUGAUGUAUUUGAAGGUGGCAAGGUUGGCGGGCGCUUGGAUACAGCUCAUUUUGGUGGAAAAGAUUUUGAAACGGGAGGAUCAGUCAUUCAUCCUCUGAACCUUCACAUGAAACAAUUUAUAGAUGAUCUUGGCUUGGCACAGCGUCGCACUGUACCUUCCCGUAUAGGCAUUUUCAAUGGUAAAGAACUAGUUUUCCAGGAAAGCGACUGGUUCAUUAUCAACUUCAUCAAGAUACUUUGGCGUUAUGGUCUUAAUUUUCUCCGUAUGCAAAUGUGGGUGGAAGCAAUUCUGGAUAAAUUUAUGAGGAUUUACCAGUAUCAGCAGUACGGCUACUCUUUCUCUAGUGUGGAGAGACUAUUUCACUCAAUGGCGAGAGAUGAGUUUCUCAACAUGUUUAAUGAAACUUUGGACCAAGCGAUGCAGAAAGUUGGAUUCUCACAGCAGUUUAUGAAUGAAAUUGUCACACCUAUUAUGAGGGUGAACUAUGGGCAGAGCAUCAAGAUGAACGCAUUUGUAGGUGCCGUUUCCUUGGCAGGUACAGACUCAGGAUUGUGGGCUGUUGAAGGAGGUAACAAGUUAGUCUGCUCAGGACUGCUGUAUCACAGCAAGGCAGCGCUCAUUCCUGCCAAUGUUACUGCCAUUGCCCUCAAGACCAGGCCCGUUAGAGCAGGUGGUACCGUCUCCUUGUAUGAAGUCAGUUAUUCUAGCGAAGCGGGGGCAAGCCACAAUCUCUAUGACCUCGUUUUUAUAGCUGCCCCGCUACACCAGGGCAAGUCUAAUAUCAACUUCUUAAAUUUCAAUCCUCCAGUUCCUAUGUGGUUCCCAGGCCGCUACCACCUGACCGUGUCAACACUUGUCCACGGCCUUCUUAAUGUAUCCUAUUUUGGAGUUUCAGAACCUGCAUCUGCAUUUACCGUUUCAGAGAUAGUAUCCAUGGAACAUGAGGAAUUAGUGGUGACUAGUGUUAGCUCUCUCGAUCCAGUGACUGUAUCCUCGGAAUACAAGCGUCCUCCUGCCAGUGAGGCCAAUGUGUGGAAGGUGUUUUCUCCUGCUCCCCUUACUCAGGAUCAACUGCAAAAAAUAUUUUUGUCAUGGGACAGCAUUUCAGAGACACGCUGGCUGGCUUAUCCAUAUUAUAGCCCUCCUCAUCGCUUUCCACCAAUAGUGCUGCAUGACAGACUCUACUACUUAAAUGGCAUAGAGUGGGCAGCCAGUGCCAUGGAGAUGAGUGCUAUUGCAGCUCGUAACCUGGCUUUACUGGCACAUCACCACUGGUAUGGACUGACUGACAAGAUAGACCAGGAAGACUUAAACUCUCGCAUCAGAGGUGAGCUGUAACAGAGCAAAAGAUUGGCAGAGCUAAAUACUGGACCAGGGUGCCUUCACUGUCCUCAGUUGAUUAUUUCAUUCACUCAGGAACUUUUCAAACGGACAAAUGUCAACAACUGAAGGAAAAAGUGUUGGAUUUCUAGCUAACUAUUUAGUUACGCUUCCACCAGAAGAUUUCAAAGCAUCACUUGUGACUUCUCUGCAGGUGUUUGGACUACACUGCACUAUUGUGUUACUGACUACUUCAGGUUUUACAUUCACAUUCACAAAGAUAAGCCUUUACUUGAAUGAGCAUUUCCUGACAUCUUGCCCACAUUCAGCUCUGUAAUCUUUAGAAGACAAAAUGGACAAGGAACUAUUUACUUUAUAAUUGUUGUAGUUUGGGUUGGGGACUUCCUAAUUAUUUUUUGCUUUAACCACUGAGGUUUAACUCAAGGAACAGAUGAAUGAACAACAUCUUCUGUUUAAAUUGUAUUGGUGUAGUCUGGGGUUUGGUGUAUUUGGGUGAACUGAGGGUUAAAUGUGUUUUACAGUCGAAUCACUACAAGAAAUGUGGCCCUUUAAAUCUGCUUCAUUGUGGUUUUCAUAUUGCUUAAUGCUGUAAUUCAAAGUUUGUUUUUUUUUUUUGACGCUCAGGGACAUUUGGGCACAACAUGACAUUUAUGUACACUAUAAUGCACACUUUAAUUAGUGAAUCUAACAGAAUUAAAGCCCUGAAUGUGGCACGUGCAGAACUUGGAUGCCCUGUCACUCAGUACUCUGA